ACUUCAUAAUGACAAGUUGAAACAUAACCUAAAAUUACAAAUUUUAGUAAGUAUUAAUGGUUCAGCCGUCUUAAUUCUUUAAAUACAAUACUGGCGUUAAUUUAGAUGAACUGUCUAUAGCUUGGAAGUUAUAGUAACCCGUAAGCUCAGAGAAAUCAUCAUUUAGGUCUUUUCUUUCAAUCAAUCUUUUAUAAAAUCAAUUUAUUUUACUACAUCGAAUAAGUUCAAUGAAUUUUUAAGUAAUGGAAAAUAAAGUUGAGAAUGAGGUGUUUAUUAUUGAACAACGACAUAAAAAAGAGAAAAAAGAGCUUCAAGCCCAAAUCCAAGGUCUAAAGAAAACUGCAAAAAAUGAUAAAACGAAAAAGAAAGAACUUACUGCUGAAAUUGCAAGAUUAGAAUCAGAAUUAGAAAAGCGACAUAAAGAGGAAUUGGAAAUUAUCCAAAACGUAAAAAACACUCCACUAGACACGGAAGUCAAUGAGUUUGUCGAAGAAAAUGACAAUAUAAAUGGUGAAGUACGAACAAAAAUUUCGAAAGCACAAAAACGCAGAGAUAAAAAGCAGCAACAGGAGAGAGAACGUGAAGAGCUAAUAAAGCUACAAGAAAAAGAAAAUAUCAAUGGGCCCAGAAAUUUAGAAAACCAAGUGUUGUGUUCAAAAUUAAAAGAGAGAAACCUCAAGAUUUUCUUAAUACCAUCAGAUGGUGAUUGUUUAUAUAAAGCUAUUUCCCAUCAACUAGAGACAAAAUUUAAGAAAUCAAUUACUGUUGAUGAAUUAAGAAGUAAAGUAGCUGAAUAUAUAUUACAAAAUAAAGAUGAAUUUAUGCCAUUUCUUAGUAACCCUGAGACAUAUGAAAUGCUAACAGAAACGGAAUUUGAAGAAUACUGUGAUAAAAUAAAAAAUACUAAAGUCUGGGGAGGGCAAUUAGAGAUACGAGCGCUGGCUAAUUGUUUAAAGCACCCAAUUACUGUGAUCCAGGCCACAGGCCCCGAGGCAAUAGAGCAAGGGUCAGAAUUUACUGGUCCCCCAUUAAUAAUAUCUUAUCAUAGACAUAUGUACAGCCUAGGUGAGCAUUAUAAUUCUACAGAAGAACUGGAUGAGGCUUCCUAAUCAUUUUUUGAUAUAAGUAACAAAUAUAGUAUGUUAAAUCAAG